AUGUCAUCGGGGAUCGUUAGCACGUCCAACGUGCCGUCAUCACCAACAGCUGUUACCACGAGAACCUCCAAGACCAAGGAGACCAUGAUGGCUGUUGAGUGGCACGGAUCCACCGAAAUUAAAGUUAAUUACAAACGGGCAAGGCCUUCUCUCGUUGUAAGUAGUAUUCACGCGGAACAAACCGAUGCUAUUGUUCAUGUAAUCGCGUCAACAAUUUGUGGUUCAGACCUUCAUCUCUAUCACAAAGAAAUUCCCGGAAUGCGAAAAGGUGAUAUAAUGGGCCAUGAAGCAAUUGGUAUCGUCCACGAGGUUGGAGAACGAGUGAGUGCCGUUGAAGUCGGAGAUCGUGUUGUCGUUUCUGCCGUGAUUUCUUGUGGAUCUUGUGAAUAUUGUAAAAAAGGAUUAUUCAGUUGUUGCGAUAAUACCAACCCUAGCAAAGAAAUGGAAGAACUUUAUGGAAAUCGUAUUGCUGGAAUUUUUGGUUAUUCGCACUUGACUGGUGGAUAUGAUGGUUGUCAGGCUGAAUAUGUUCGCGUUCCACACGCCAACGUGAAUCUUCUUAGGCUUUCCGCCGAGGAAUACAAAAGUUUGGGCAAAAAAUCAUUACUGCUUUCGGAUGUCGCCUGCACUGGCUGGCACGCGAACGAAUUGGGAGGUGUAAAAAAUGGCGACGUAGUUGGUAUCUGGGGCGCAGGUCCUGUCGGUUUAAUGACCGCUGCCCUUGCUUUAUAUCGUAACGCAUCAAGAGUGUAUGUAAUCGACUGUAUUCAAGCUCGGCUAGACUUUGCUCGUAAGAUUGGCGCCGAGGUCAUUAACUUCAAGGAGAAGGAUGUGGUAGGGAUUGUAAAGAAAUCGGUGCCCGGAGGUUUCGAUGUUACAAUCGACGCUGUAGGUUUUCGUUACACAAACAAAUCGUGGAGGCAUAAGUUGGAAAGAGCGGUAUUCGCCGAGACCGAUAGCGUUGAGGCGCUCGAUGAAGCUAUUCGAUGCACUAGGAAAGGCGGUGUCGUCAGCAUUGUUGGUGAUUACUUAAAUCUAGCGAAUCGUUUCCCGAUUGGAGCCGCCAUGGAAAAGCAUUUAACACUUAAAGGCGGUCAAGUGCAUCCACAAAAGUAUUGGUCGGAUUUAUUACCAAUUCUCAGUGCCGAUGAGAUCUUUGGUCGAUUAUUUACUCAUUAUAUGAAAUUAUCUGAAGCUCCCAAAGCAUACAAAAAAUUUGAUCGUAAAGAGGAUGGCAUCAUCAAAGUGUUUUUGAUUGUCGACGGCAAAGAGUUUGCUAAUUUUGGAGAAAUUUUAGAGGAAAUUGCCUCAUCCUCCAUGUUCGCUACAAUCGACACGGAAACAGAUCAGGUUGAGAUCAUAGAAAGUGAAAUUCUAACCAUUAAGUCUGCGCCCGUCCCCUCUAUUUCUGGCGGUGGAGAGAAUCCUGCGGUAAAAGAUUUGUCGACAAGAAGCGAUCCUGACAUACCCAAUGUGUCAGAUGGUAAAGGUGCCGAAUCCGGAAAGCAUAGCGAUAUCCCUAUUAACAGUGCUUCCACAAAUAUAACCGGUGAGAAUGCUUCUUCAGCCGUGAAAACUAGUGGAGACGGAAAAGAGAAACAUGUCGGGAUACAAGACAAAGUUGAGGGUAGGAGUGCGAAAAGUGAUGUUAUUAAUAAUAGUAGAAAAGGUUGA